AAUAAUUUUCUGGAGACCGACGCAAGAGUAGUAAUAAAUAAAUAAUUGCAAAAUUAAGAAAUAAGGAUUAGCUUCCCCCGAGUUCGCCGCAAAACUCCACUUCUUCGCCGAUUCUCCCUCUAGGGUUUCCGACGAGGAAUUCAAGUUUAGAAGAAGAAUUUUAACCGAUUUGGUAGGCAUCGUUUGUAAGAAUGGAAGCUAGUCUGGAUUUCUUGAACUACCUUGAUGAAAACUUGUCACUAAAGAUUAUGACAUGUUUGGACGAUCCAUCUGAUAUUGUUCGUGCCGCUUCUGUCUCCCACAAUUGGUUACAUUUUGUGAUUGAUAAUGGUCUUGCCAAGAAACUGUGCUUCAGGAUGUUUCCUCAAUUAUCUAGAGUUGAUCAUGUUGUUGAACAUUGCUGCGUCGCAAGAAACCCACAGGUGGAAGCUGGAUCUAGUAACAUGGAAUGGGAAACUUUGAAGAAAGAGCACAGAGUCUAUGCCUUUCUGGCUCGAGGUUGUAUGUCUUUUGCUGAACGCAAAGACUGCAUCACAGAAGCAAUUAUGGCUUCCAGCACUGAUAGAGAUCCAGAUGAAAGCAUAGAUAACACUUUGGAAGAAUUGGAUAGAGUGGGAUGGGGACGUUCAUACUGGUCAAGUAAAGGUCAAAGUAACCCUGCAGUCCCUGAAACGCUAACUUACAAAUUGGUAGCUGAUUUGUGUGUUAUUACUGAAAUCAGAAUAAAACCUUAUGAAGCUUUUUUCCAGCCGGGUUCACCUAUAUAUUCUGCAAGAUCUGUACUAUUCCGAAUGGGUCAUUCUCUGGGUGACGAUUUUGUGUGGACUUACACUUCAGAAGAGUUUCCAAUGGAUCAGGAAAGUAAUUUGCAGAGUUUUAAGCUUCCAGAACCUGUUCUUUGCAUUGGUGGAAUAUUGCAGAUUGAGCUGCGGGGUAGAGUCCAAACACAACGAAGUGAUGGAUUAUUUUACAUAUGGUAUUGACAUGCACUUAUACAAUAAUAGUUGUUUAUAGUC